CUGAAACAGUUAUCAUAUGUAUACAGAUUCAAAUCAUCGAAUGCUGAACAAAACAAUGAAAAGAUACCCAAUUCGUUUGGAGAAAGCAAUGAGGAUGGGUUAACGACGGCACAGCGAGGUACGGCGGAUACGGUGGUGAAUACCCCGCAAAAAUCACAGUCAACAACCACGACUUCUCAAGAUGGCAGCGAAUCAUCGCACAACCAUCUGAUCACUGAAUUACAAAAGUGUAUCGGUGGCAGCAAUAGAGGUGCCCUCCAACUGCUGGAACAACUGAAAAAAAGCUUAAUGGCAGGUCGCUGCUCUAACAUUCAUCUGAAUCCGGAACGUAUCCGGAACAGUCCAUGA